AUGACUACGCCGUUCUCCUAUCUAGGCGCCAUGUCUCCUCCCCCGUGUUCAGAACCCCUCCAGUUGACCGUCGCGCCCUCUGAGACUACGUUCUCCUUCGCCCAUCCUGUCACUGCAACAACGGUGCCUCUGGAUACCACCACUGUAACUACUACCACCGCUCCAACUACUACCACCACCGCUACCACAGCUGCCCCCGCUACCACAGCUGCCCCCGCUGCCCCCGCUGCCACCACCCUCCCUCCCAAACCAGAAGAGAAAAAGCCUGUCAAGAAGAGAAAGUCGUGGGGCCAGGAGCUACCCACCCCCAAGACGAAUCUUCCUCCAAGAAAACGAGCCAAGACCGAAGAUGAGAAGGAACAACGCCGUAUCGAACGCGUUCUCAGGAACCGGGCUGCGGCUCAGACUUCUCGAGAGCGGAAGAGACUCGAGGUUGAGAAACUCGAAGGCGAGAAGCUGGAGAUGGAACACCAGAAUGGAAUCCUCCUCCAACGCCUUGCUCAGAUGGAAGCUGAAAACAAACGCCUGAGCCAACAAGUCGCCCAGCUGUCCGCCGAAAUCCGCUCCCCUUCGUCGAGGGGCUCUUCCACCAGAGGCUCCUCCCCACAAUCCAUCGUCUCCGGACUCACCUCUCCAAACCUCCUUCCGGCCAUGUUCAAACGAGAACGGGACGAAAUGGUCUCCCUGGACAACAUUCCAUUCCUCACCCCGCCCAUCUCCGCCUACUCUCCCAGCGUGAAGAGCUGCGAUCUCACCGAUUCCUCCGACCUGACACAACAUCCUGCAGCGAUGUUGUGUGACCUGCAGUGGGUCCCCUUUGACCUUUUCCCCACCGGAGAUCCAGCAGCACUUGCCUUUGAUUCUCUGGUUGAUUUUGACCCCGACCCAGUUAACCUCGACAGCACCAACAACGGCAACGGCAACGGCAAGAACAGCAACAACAAUAACAACAACACCGCCUCCACCUGCCCCUCCCCAACGAGCCUCGGACCUUCCGACAUCGAUCCGCCCAGUCUUUCGAAUCCGCCUUUUCACCCGCCUUCUAGCGUGCAGCCCAGCUUUGGCGCGUCCACUUCGCGAUGCGACGAGCAAGGCAUUGCAGCUUGUGCGGGCCAAGGCGCGGAAGCGGACGUGGAAGUUGACAACGAAAGGGCAGUGGUUGGCUGCGGGGCUAGGGAAGGCUGUGGCGGCGGCGUCUGUGCGGAGGCGGAGGGCCCUCCAGAGCCGGACGCGGUUAUCUGGUGGUGGUGGCCGUGCGUAGACUCCGAGUUUCAGGUGCCGGACGGCAUUGGCGAAAAAGUUAUCUGUGGCGAUUUACGAAGUUCCUGGGUCUGGUUUCUGGGUCUGGUCUGA